AUGCGGUUCCUCUGUUUCCAUGGCCGUGGGACCAACAACCAAAUCUUGGAGACCCAGCUGGCCGCUCUCCGACAUGAAUUAGGAGAUAGUCAUACCUAUGAUUUUGUUGAAGGAAUCCUUCCUGCUUCCCUCGCCCCCGAACUAGUGGGCAUCUUCCCUCUUGAGGGCGCAUACUAUGAUUACUUUUCCCAUGAGUCUGCAGAGAGUGUGAAUAAAGCCCUUGAUGACUUAAGUCAAUUUAUCGCACUUGAAGGUCCCUAUGAUGGAAUCAUUGCCUUCUCCAUUGGGGCUGCACUUUCAGCCACGUAUCUCAUUCGGGAACGGAUAACAAAUCCUGACAAACCCCUCUCAUUCAAAUGCGCAAUCUUUCUAUGUGGCGGGGCACCUUUAGACCCAAAUGCUUUGGCGCGGGGUGAAGUUUCUCUUCUCGAUCCAGUGCCCGGUAGACCCUUCCUUUCGGGAUUGCCGACGGCUCAUAUUUGGGGGCGAAAUGAUACAUUAUGGGGAUAUCGGAGUGAGAGGCUAUCUUCAGUCUGUGACCCGGAAGAGCAAACUAUCUUUCUGCACGACGAGGGGCAUGCGGUCCCAGGAGCACGGGCAAAGGACGCCUUAUUGAACAGUGUUCGGGCGAUCCGCAGAACAGUGGGAAGAGCGGUACUGGUGGGGUAA